GUGGCGGGGCUGGGCUCCCAGCCACCUGCGGGACCAGAAUGAUGAGUCUGAGCUCGGUGCCUCGCUCCCUGCGGCCCAACCAGGCCUCCCCCUCCGCGGGCCCGCCAGCGGGAUCCCCUGUCGUGGAGCUUAACGUAGGAGGUGAGUUGUACACCACCACCGUGGGCACCCUAAGAAAACUCCCGGGUUCAAAGCUGGCAGAGAUGUUCUCCAGCUCAGCUAAGGUCUGCAUGGACGCAGAGGGCCGCUUCUUCAUCGAUCGCCCCGGCACCUAUUUCGGACCCAUCCUGGACUACCUGCGCAGCGAGCGGCUGCCCACGCACCACAUCCCGGAGGUGUACCGCGAGGCACAGUUUUACGCAAUCAAGCCUUUGGUCAAGCUCCUGGAGGACAUGCCGCAGAUCUUCGGGGAGCAGGUGGCCCGGAAGCAGUUCUUGCUGCGGGUGCCAGGCUACGGCGAGAACCUGGAGCUCAUGGUGCGCCUGGCGCGCGCUGAGGCCGUGGCGGCACGCCGCUCCAUGGUGCUGGUGUGCACCGUGCGCACUGAGGAGGAUGCGGCGCGCUGCGCGGAUGCUCUGCGGCUCCUGGAGGCCGAAAAGAGGUCGGUUGUCAAGUUCGGCCCUUGGAAGGCGGCCCCGCAGGUCAAGGACCUCCUCGACUGCGUGAAGAUGGACAUUACGGCCCAGGGGUACCAGGUAUACUAUGAACCGUACUCCGAGAGGACAUUACGGGCCAAGUAUUUCAGUUACUUUUAUACAUUCGUCUUCAUCUGGUGGUGAUCCCCCAGGGGGCGGGGACAGUUUGUUUCGGGUUCUGGUGGGACUUACGAAAU